AUGAAGAUCUUUUUACAGCUGACCUUUCUGGUUUUUAUUAGUCCUCCAGGUUGGGCAAAAGAUAGGCACUAUUACAUAGGUAUUAAAGAAACCACUUGGAACUAUGCUCCUACUGGUAAGAAUAUGCUCAAUGGGAAGCCUUUUUCAGAAGAUCAAGAGUUUCUUUCCUGGAUCUAUCUACAACGAGGCCAAAAUAGGAUAGGAUCUGUUUAUAAAAAGGCUUUGUAUUUUCAGUACACUAAUGAUACAUUUCAAACAAUCAUUGAAAAGCCACCCUGGCUGGGAUUUUUAGGUCCAAUAAUUAAGGCAGAGACAGGAGACAUCAUUUAUGUACAUGUGAAAAAUUUUGCUUCAAGAAUCUAUAGUUUUCAUCCUCACGGACUCACCUACACCAAAGAAAAUGAAGGUGCUCUCUAUCCUGAUAAUACUACAGGCUGGCAAAAGGAAGAUGACCGUCUGCAGCCAGGAACACAGUAUAUUUACAAGUGGUUUGUAGAGGAAAAGCAGGGGCCUGGCCCCAAUGACAGUAACUGCGUGACAAGGAUUUACCACUCCCACGUAAACACUCCAAGAGAUGUGGCUUCCGGACUUAUAGGACCAAUUCUGACUUGUAAAAGAGGCACACUGGAUGGAGACACGGAAAAAUAUAUCGACAAAUCUUAUGUUCUGAUGUUUUCUAUAACUGAUGAAAACAAGAGCUGGUAUAUCUAUGACAAUAUUAAUACAUAUACUGAAGCUGGCAGAGUUAAUAGUAGUGAUGCUGACUUCAAGGAGAGCAAUCUUAUGCACUCAAUAAAUGGAUACACAUAUGGAAAUCUGCCCAACCUCACCAUGUGUGCAGGAGACAGGGUCAGGUGGCACUUUGUUGGCAUGGGCGGUUUGUACGACAUGCAUCCCAUCUAUCUCCACGGACAAACUCUGAUGUCUCGGAAUCACAGGAAGGACGUCAUUACCAUCUUUCCUGCCUCACUGGAAGAUGCCUUCAUGGUGGCCAGUGGCCCUGGAGAGUGGAUGCUGGGCUGUCAGAUCUAUGAGAGUGUGCAGGCCUUUUUCUAUGUAAGGAAUUGCCAGAAACCUUCAGCACCUGUUACUGGAAUGCAAGUUAUACAGUAUUAUAUUGCUGCAAAGGAAAUUUCUUGGAACUAUGCUCCAUAUGGUAUAGAUUUCUUCACUAAAAAAAAUUUAACAGCAGCUGGAAGUGAAUCUCAGGAAUUUUUCAAACAAAGUCCAACCAGAAUUGGAGGAAUUUACAAAAAAAUAGUUUACCGUGAAUACACAGAUGCUUCCUUCCAAACAGAGAAGGCAAGAGAAAAACACCUUGGGAUCCUCGGCCCUGUCAUUAAGGCGGAGGUGGGAAAGAUCCUCAAGAUCACUUUCUAUAACAAUGCCUCCCUGACGCUCAGCAUUCAGCCUCACGGACUACGUUACAGCAAGAGCAAUGAGGGCUCCUUCUACAAAACCCCCGGAGGAAGUACCCCUCCACCCUCCUCUCAUGUAAGUCCUGGCACAACAUUUGUCUAUACAUGGGAAGUUCCAAGCGAUGUGGGUCCUACUGCCACAGAUCCUGACUGCCUGACCUGGUUAUACUACUCCUCAGUAAAUAUGGCACGAGACACCAACAGUGGCCUCGUGGGGCCUCUCCUCGUGUGCAGAAAUGGAAGUCUAGGAGAGGAUGGCAAACAGAAAAGAAUAGACAAAGAGUUUUAUCUGCUUCCCACAAUUUUUGAUGAAAAUAAAAGUGGUCUCUUGGAUGAAAAUAUCAAAACAUUUACCACAGAGCCUGAAAAUGUGAAUAAAGAGGAUCCAGACUUCCAACAUUCUAACGAGAUGUACUCCAUAAAUGGAUACAUGUAUGGAAAUCUGCCUGGACUGGAUAUGUGCUUAGGAGACAACAUUUCAUGGCAUGUUCUUAGUGUGGGAUCAUAUGAAGACUUACAUGGGAUAUAUUUUUCAGGAAAUACAUUCACUUCCUUAGGAGCAAGAGAUGACACUAUAGCUCUGUUUCCCCACACCUCCCGGACACUUUUUAUGAAGCCCGAUUCCACAGGAAGUUUUUCUCUGGUUUGUAUGACAACACAGCACUAUCAAGGAGGCAUGAAACAUAAAUACCGCGUGAGGCAGUGUGCGGAGCCGGGCCCUGAUCACACACAGUACCAGGAAGCAAAAGUUAUUUAUAUCGCAGCCGAGGAGGUUGCGUGGGAUUACACACCCAGCAGGAAGUGGGAGAAAGAACUGCAACGUUUACUGGGAGUCAACAAAACAAACAUCUAUUUGGAUAGAACUGGGACGUUUCUUGGGUCUAAAUACAAGAAAGUCAUAUACCGUCAAUACGAUGAUAUCACAUUCGCAAAUCAAACCAAAAGAAAUAAAGAUGAAGAACAUCUGGGGAUACUAGGCCCUUUAAUAUUUCUCAGCCCUGGUGAAGAAGUCCAAAUUAUCUUUAAAAAUAAUGCCUCAAGACCAUAUUCUAUCCACGCUCAUGGAGUGAAAACGAAUUACUCCACUGUUGCUCCGACACAGCCAGGAGAGAUUCAAACAUACAUCUGGCAGAUUCCUGAAAGAUCUGGUCCUGCCUCAGAGGACUUCGAGUGCAUACCUUGGUUUUACUAUUCGACUGUGGAUGUGGUUAAGGAUCUUAACAGCGGACUGGUAGGCCCUCUGAUUGUCUGUCACAAAAACAACAAAGCCAGCGUAGUUCAUCGUGUUCUACACUUUAUGAAUUUUGAUGAAAACAGAUCCUGGUACUUUGAAGAAAAUAUCAAUACCUAUUCUCCAGAACCAGAUAAAGUAGACAGGAGCGAUCCUGAAUUUGAGCUCAGCAACAUAAUGCACGCAAUUAAUGGAAGAAUGUACGGAAAUAACCAAGGUCUGAUGUUUCAUGUGGGGGAUGAAGUGAAUUGGUAUCUGAUUGGCAUGGGGAGUGAAUUUGACCUGCACACAGUCCACUUUCAUGGCCACAGCUUUGAAUUCACGGAUUCGGGACAGUUUCACUCUGACGUUUAUGACCUUCCUCCCGGAGUCUAUCAAACUGUAAAAAUGUACCCAAGAGAUGUUGGAACCUGGUUAUUUCAUUGCCAUGUUAGUGUUCACAUUGAGAGCGGAAUGGAAAGCACUUACACUGUAAUCGAGUGA